AUGGACGACGAAACAAGCAACAACCCCAUCGUCAAAUUGACGCCGUCUUCGCAAUAUCUUGCACCAUGCCCCAAGUUUCGGGUGUUGGUUAUGGGAAAUCCGGAAUCGACCAAGCAGGAACUGUUUUCCAAGGUGUUUGGUGUUGAUCUUGAGAAGAAACUCGUAGCCGACGCCUUCUCCCCCACGCACGACAUCAACACCCCGCUGGACCUCGAAGGCCAAAACGAGCACCUAGAAAUAUUCACCUCCCCCAACUUUUUCUCUCCCACCAGCAGCACCUCCUUCCCAUCCUCUUCUUUUGAGUCCUCGUCAGAAUCCUCAUCAGACCCCUCCUACACCCUAGCAUCCACAGCCCUCCGCACCGUCUCGUCCUUCAUCGCCUCCCGCACUUCCUUGUCACAAAUCGGAUCCGUCGCCCCCGACGUGAUAACCUCCGACAACCGUCUCCACGCGAUAUGGUACUGCGUUUCCUCCGCCGAUACCUCUCGCCCCAUUUCUCCGGUAGAAUCCUAUUUCUUCCAUCACCUGUCGCAAAUCGUCCCGCACCAUGUCCCCGUCCUGCUGCUUUUCACCAAAUACGACGAGUUCGUGUCGCAGGUCCAGAUGGACUGGAUAAAGUCUGCGCAGGAGAAGGGGAUGAGUAAAGUUGCGGUGGCGCAUAUACUAAGGGAUCUGGUGACGAAGAAGUUUGAGGAUACUAUUGGACGGAAGUGGGAUGGUUUGUUAAAGGGGGUGGAUGGCGGACUUAAGGAGAGGAGGGAUAGUGGGUUUGGGUAUGGAGGGAGUGAUCGGAAGGAUAUGCUAUAUGUGGGUGGUGGUGAGAGGGAAGGGGAGGGGAGGAGGCAGAGGGAGGUGGUUAGGGUGUUGGUUGGCGGUGGGGGGGAGAGUGAACAGGAUUGGGGAGGGGAGCCGGCUUGGGGUGAGGAACUGUCGGGGGAGGAAGAGGGUGGGUAUGGAGAGCUUGUGAAGAGGACGUUGGGUGGACUGAGGGAGUCAAAGGAGGUGAGGAGGGUGUUUGCGGCUGCGCAGAGGUGUUUGGCUGGUGUUUCGAGCGAGUUCGCAGCAAACCUAGCAUCGACCUACUUCGAAGUUGACACCUCGCACGCGCGUAAGCUCCACGGCGUCGACGUCCGCGACAUCAUGCCCAAUUUCUUCGCCAAAGCCGUGCAACUCUUCAACCUGCGCGACGUCUCCUGUGUUCUCGACCUCAACCACAACCCUUCCCUCCUAAUCCGCAUCCUCGAAGCCACCUUUGGUCCGCACCAGCGCGUCCUCGUUGACGAGUCCCUCUCCCACUCCUCCACCGACCCAGGCCACACCAUCUUCCUCGGCCUAUCCCCGCACGAGCGCGCAGUGAUGCUCGCCCAAGCCAUGGCCGCCGUCAUUUUGUUCUUACACAAGUUAGCAGACAUCCAAUGGCCUCACCGCGACAAUAGUCGUGGCAUCCUCCCGCCGGCAACCAUCACAUCCAGGCAAGUGCAGCACGUAAUUGACGAGAUCGAGCUCGGCACCGAGAAGCGGGACUUGCUAGAAGAGAUUGAGGGUUCUUCGCUGUUUACGAGCUGUAGGAUGCGCAAGGAGGUGGCGGAUUUGAUCUGUAAGGCGGUCGAGAAGGCGGAUGAAUCUGCGGCGUCGCAUUUCUCGAGGGAGGAGAGCAGGGGCACGUUCAUGGUGGAUGAUUCGGAUUUGCAGGAGAUCAGCCUGGCGUUUGUUAAUGAUAAGGGGCCGGACGAUAUGGUGUUGCCGAAUGGGUUGCGGAUUUUGCCGUUGAAUUAG